AUGGAGAUGUCCAAAAUGUAAAGCUAAAUUAUUUAAAUUACAAAUUAUGCCUUGUAGUAUACAAUCUUUUAGACUAUUAGAGAAUAUAAUUUUUAAGAAAAAUAUACAGAAAUAUCAUUUGAUCAUAUGGGAUAUGUUUUAGAUGAUCUAAUAUAAAAAUAUUUAGAUAUUAAUAAUUUACCAGAACAUGCAAAAAUUAGUAAAAAUAGAAUAUUACAAUUAGAAGCUUUAGGUAAUUAUGAAAAUUAAACUGAAAAUGAAAAUGAAAUCAAUGAAUCUAAAUAAUAAAUUAAUAGACCUCUUAAUCCUAACUCAAUUGUUAGAGAAUGA